GUUCAUUCUUGGUAGAAAACUCACCAUUCUGGUGAGUGAUGCUGAUAAUGGGGGAGACCAUGCAUGUGUGGGAUCAGGGAAUAUUUGGAAAAUUUCUGGAUCUCCCUUUCAGUUUUUAUGUACAGCUAAAACUGCUUUAAAAAUAAAUUCUUCAAAAAAAAAAAAUAGAGAGUGAGAGAAGGCAUUAGAAGUUCAGAAAUGAAACAUACUUCGUUUUUUUCUUCAGGAAAAUUUCAUAGAGCACAGAAGUAUCAUCUAAGUAUUCUCCUGUUAGAGAAAGAAUAGUGUCAUAGAAGAGUAAAGAUAACAAAUAUAAUAUUUUCAAAAAUGUAAUAUGCUUAUGUCUUUGCAUUUCCCUGCGAAAUUGUUGUUUUCUUAGAUGGACUUUGGAACUUGAGGGAGAUUAUGAGAGCUGCCUCAGGGAAGAUUUUCUAAAUUCCUUCAUUUCUCCCUUUAAAUUUUCUAGAAUUUCAUUUCUCCCUUCAAAAUUUCUAGAACCUGGCUUAGCCAGAUGGAUCAUAUAGUUUUGAAAUAAAAAGUUUCUAGCCAGAAAGAAAGAGGAAGAAAGAGAAUCUUACCCUUGUGGUUCCAAGGGUUGAUGGGAAGAGAAGAGGAGGGGCAGGUAGAGGUAGAUAGAGACACACAUGGCUACAUGCCCCUUUUCCAGGUUCAAGUCUUACUAGGAAAACUGUGUGACAUGAGAGGAGAUGCUCCCAAAGUCUCUCAUUAAUCUGGGCCAGAUGUAGCAGGUGAACUUGGUGGCAGAGAGGCGAGGUGAGUCUGGCUUCCUCUUACAUCAGCUUCUUCUGUGUCACAGAUAGGAUCUCCAGUGCCUGUGUUCCGUGAGGAGGACAUGUGCAAGUGAGGUGAGAGUUAGGCUGGGGCCCGAGCCAGGGAGCUCCGGAGUCAAGGCUCAGCUGAGUAAUCAAGUGCCUAUGAAGACUAUAGUGGGGCUGAGUAGGCAGGAAGAUGACUGUGGCCUGACCCAAUCCAGGGUGUUCAGGCUCGAGUUCCAUUAGCUCACACUUCCACAGCAGAUGCCUGAACACUCCGCAGAUGCUCGAGGAGCACUUCCAUUCACUUGGCUGAGGCCAAACCAGCCAUCACACAUCAGACACCUGAGAGGUUCCAGGGGUGACCCCUUCCCACAGCCUCUACAAUGGUUAAAAAAAAAAAAAAAAAAAAAAAAAACCCACCCACUCCCAAAGUGCAAAAACCCUGUGAGGAAAAGCUCAGAAGAGAGCCUGAUCUAAGAUACCGUUCAUCUUACCAGAGAUUCCUAUUACAGUGGAUUUAGUUUGGGGAUGAGACUAAACUGUUUCUUUUUCUUGUAGUUCUUCCUACCUCGUGGGUGUGUAUGAUGGAGACCAUCCGAUAUGGUCUUCAGAUGAGAAGGCGGCUAUGAUUUCUUUUCAAAUCUGAGGAUGUGAGUAAAUUUACAACUCCAUAACAACCACCUUGUGAUUACUUAUUUCUCAGAGCUUUCUAAUCUUUUCCUGGAGGCCUAGAUUAUCCUUGUCCAGUUUUCAAAUAAGAAUCUUCUUCCUUGCCUUCUACACGAUCAUGCUGAGCUAGUACCCGCGCCUGAAAUCGGGUCGCAACCCCAGCCGCCCUGCCGCCUGCCACUGCCUCUGGACCAUGGACCCCCGCAAAGUGAGCGAGCUUCGGGCUUUCGUGAAAAUGUGUAAGCAGGAUCCGAGCGUUCUGCACACCGAGGAAAUGCGUUUCCUGCGGGAGUGGGUGGAGAGCAUGGGGGGUAAAAUACCACCUGCCACUCAUAAAACUAAAACAGAAGAUAGUAUCAAGGAAGAAAAACCAGAUAGUAAGAAGGCGGAGGAAAACAUAAAGACAGAUGAACCAUCAAGUGAGGAGAGUGAUCUAGAAAUUGACAAUGAAGGUGUUAUUGAACCAGAUACCGAUGCCCCUCAAGAAAUGGGAGAUGAAAAUGCAGAGAUAACCGAGGAAAUGAUGGAUCAGGCAAAUGAUAAAAAACUGGCUGCCAUUGAUGCCCUAAAUGAUGGUGAACUACAGAAAGCCAUUGACUUGUUCACAGAUGCCAACAAACUAAAUCCUCGCUUGGCCAUUCUGUAUGCCAAGAGAGCCAGUGUCUUCAUCAAAUUACAGAAGCCAAAUGCUGCCAUUCGAGACUGUGACAGAGCUAUUGAAAUAAAUCCUGAUUCAGCUCAGCCUUAUAAGUGGCGUGGGAAAGCACAUAGACUUCUGGGCCAUUGGGAAGAAGCAGCACAUGAUCUUGCCCUUGCUUGCAAGCUCGAUUAUGAUGACGAUGCUAGUGCGAUGCUGAAAGAAAUUCAACCGAGGGCCCAGAAAAUUGCUGAACAUCGGAGAAAAUACGAGCGAAAACAUGAAGAGCGAGAGAUCAAAGAAAGAAUAGAAAGGGUUAAGAAGGCUCGGGAAGAACACGAGAGAGCCCAGAGGGAGGAAGAAGCCAGGCGACAAUCAGGAGCUCAGGAUGGCUCUUUCCCAGGUGGCUUUCCUGGGGGGAUGCCUGGAAUGGCAGGGGGGAUGCCUGGGAUGGCAGGAAUGCCUGGGCUCAAUGAAAUUCUUCAUGAUCCGGAAGUUCUUGCAGCCAUGCAGGAUCCAGAAGUUAUGGUGGCCUUCCAGGAUGUGGCCCAGAACCCAGCGAAUAUGUCAAAAUAUCAGAGCAACCCAAAGGUUAUGAGUCUCAUCAGUAAAUUGUCAGCCAAAUUUGGAGGUCAAGCAUAAUGCCCUUCUGACAAAUAAAGCCCUUGCUGAAGGAAAAGCAACUUCGAUCACCUAAUGGAUGUCGCAAUAAUACAAACCAGUGUACGUCCGACCUUCUCAUGAAGAAAGCUGGGGUGCUGUGAAGAGAAUCCCUACCCCUCUGCUCCCCAUGCAACUGAAACAUUCUACAGUGGUUUGCCAUUAGGGUAUUCAUUCAGAUAAUGUUUUCCUACUAGGAACUACAAACUUUAAACACUUUUUAAACCUUAAAAAUAUUUAAAAACAUAUUAAAAGGGUGUGUUAGUCCCUACAUUUUUCUUUACUAAUCAUUUCA